UCCUGUACCGGCACUACUCGGCCCCUGACGCUCGGCGCGGGAAUCUUUGUCAGGUGGAAAAUGAACGGACCGGUUGCUUCUCCCAGACCUGGGGUCGGUGUCGGGGUGGUUAUCACUAGCCCUCUACACCCCGGUUGUGUGUUGCUUGGAAAGAGGAAGAAAUCGCCCGGAGCCGGCAUGUACCAACUUCCCGGGGGGCAUUUGGAAUUCGGGGAAACCUGGGAGUCUUGUGCCAAACGGGAGACCUUGGAAGAAGCGGGACUUCACCUCACUAAUGUCCACUUUGCAUCGGUGGUGAACUCUGUCAGUCUGAAGGAUAACUAUCAUUACAUCACAAUUAUCAUGAAAGGCCAACUAGAUACAAGUUACCCAUCAGAACCAGUAAACAGAGAGCCUGAAAAAAACGAAGGCUGGAAAUGGAUUCAAUGGGAAGAAUUUCCUCCAAAUGAGCAGCUCUUCUGGGCUUUGUGUGGUUUGAGACAGCAAGGCUACAAUCCCUUCAGUGAAGAUUUCAAUCAUCUCCAGCCUCAUACAGAAAACAAUCUGUAGGACCCACGUAACAUGCAAGCGCAAUUAAUGAAGCUUUGGAUUGUACAUGUUUAAAAACAUGUAAUGGACUGGAA